AGGAGCCCUAAUGGAACACAACAUUGUUAGCAGCAGUACGACUCAACUCUCAUAGAUUGCACUCAUCUUGGGCUUUUCCAGAAGUUUUUCUUCUGCCCUGUAAUCCAGGGUCCUCCGUCAGACCUAUCCUAUUCCAUAGAGCUGUCAGUGUGCUGGAACGCAGUCCAGAUGUAUUUGCCAGUGCGAGUCACUUUAGUGGCUCUCAUGUUGAGCAAAGUUUGUGAGUCCACCUCUCUGGGCACAGUGGUCAACACAAUGCCCCUGGGAAACAAGGAUGGCACACAGAUGAUGGCCCUGUACAGCAUACUGGCACCUCUGCCCUGCCCUUCACUCCCACAAAUGGCAGACACUGGGCCAGACUAUGUUCCCCCGCUCCAGGGCCUGUUUCCUGCUCCAGGCUGGUGUCUCUGUCAGUGGCAGAAUGUGACGCCCAGCAUCUACACGUCUACCAUUAAUGUGGGGGAUGUUAAUGAGACCCUACAGAUAUGGUCAGGACCGUCUGUUCACCCUGGCACCCAUGCUGUAAACCAAGCCCCCACUGUGGCUCUGCCGCCUCCUCUCAGGGUCAGUACAGGAUGCGCUCGCCAUAUUGCCCUGAGUGUGAAAGACGCAGACGGUGACCAGGUCUGCUGUCGCUUUGCGGAAACAGCGCCCACAUUCCUGCAGCUCAGUCAGGACUGUCUGCUGUCUUACAGUGGAGGGGGGGAUCAGGGUCAAUAUGAAGUGAAGAUUACAGUGGAAGAUUUCCCCAAAACUGGCCUUGAAGGCAUCCAUGACAAUACUACAGCGCUGAGCGCCACUCCCCUCCACCUGUCCAUCACAGUGACAGCUGGGCUGGGACCCUGCACAGCCGUUCCUGUAUUUACAGAACAAACUCCGCCAGAUGGGUUUCAGUUCACAGUGUUGCCCUUUGAGGAAAUCAACAUAACAGUCACUGCUCAGUUAGAAACUGAUGUCGUCUCAGAGAUAGCUGUUGUUGGUCCUCCUGGCCUCUGGGUGUCGCCACUUGAAAGUGGUAAGAAUGCAGGUGCUGAGGCAUCGAUCAAUAUCAUCUGGGUCAGAGCCCCAAAUCAGCUCCCUCAGCUGCUACCUCUCUGUUUUACUGCAAAUACUGAGAGCUCACAGUCUGACAUCAGAUGUAUAUGGAUUGACCAAAAGCCUAUGGAUAUUUUACCCAGUGGCACAGUGCUGCUUUGCUUGAAAAAGGAAAUGCAUCUUAUACUUCCAGUGACUUCUCUCCCUCACCUUUCAUUUACGGACCUUCAACUCAAUCAUCCAUCCUGCCCCAUUUCCUACAACGACACCCAUGUGACAGCAGUGAUCUCUUUGACAGGAUGCGGUACCAAAGUUGUGCACUCAGGCUCAGAGCUGAUUUACACAAAUACAUUACAGACUGUGCAUCCUCUGUCUACCAUCAGCCGCCAUCCCUCAUUUGUUCUCUCGCUGGCCUGUCGCUUCCGUGAGAGUCUGGUCAGAGAUAACCCCCAGCUCGUAAGCCUACCAUCAGAGAAGGAGACCUUCGGCAUUCCUCAUUUCAGCAUGGAGUUCUACAGACCUGGUGAAGGGCCCCUGAGUUUGGGGACAAAGAUGAAGACCCGUAAGCGAAGAGCCGGGGCCUCUGUCCAGCGUGCAGGCAGGGUGGAUGUCCUGGACAUGUAUGUCUACUCCAAUAGCACCGUGGGCCAUGCUGAGCUGAUUGUGGGGACGUGUGUUCUGUCGAGCACAGCUACAUUUGAAGUCACUCAACCCAUUAUAGAGGAAGGCUGCAUGAAUAACAGUGGAAUAAUGGAAUUGGCAUCCAGUGACCCCAAAGUGAAUAUAUACGAAAUGAACUUAGCUUCCUUCAACAUAGAAGGAACGGUGAUGUAUGUAAGGUGUGUGGUACAUCUGUGUAUCAGCAUUCUGGCCUCUCAGACCUGCCCAUCACUUUGUAAACAAGCCAAGCAGGACGUUUUGCUUGACACCCUGGUGACCCGCGACUACACCAUCUACUCAGCCCCCAUCUCAUUGGUCAACUCCCCAUCUACACAAAGUCCUGCCAUCACACCAGUAAAUGCUGUGCCUGUGACCCAGGCCAUAACCAGCACAAAGACCACCAUGCUGUCACAUGCUCCAGCAGGGAACCCGGUCAGUGUCACCAUCAUAGCUCUGGCAACGAUUUGCAUGCUUCUUACUGAGUGACCUUGUCUCAGCUGCCCAAUGUGGGAGUGAAUGCCCCAACAUUCCAUAAAAAGAAGACAAAGAAAUAGAGGGGAAUAACCAAAGGAGAGUUUGUUGGUGACACACUGGGAGAGGAAAAGGUUUCAUCUCAGGCCAGGCCUGAGAGAAAACCAUUGGUUACAGUUUUGUUCAUAUUCUGCAUACAGACCAUGAA